CAACCAACAACGAUGUUUCCACAAUUUAGUUGCUUUGCGUACACGUCGUCGUUAACGUUGUUCAGACUAAAACCGCGCGGUAGUGUGAAAAUUUCGUGUAAAUAAAGAAGCUUUUGUGUUUUGUUGUUGCUGGCUUUUCUACAGUAUUUAAAUUGGUAUAAAAACUAUAAUAAAAACACUGCAGGAAAAUUAUUAAAAGAAAACAACUACAACAGUGACGUCGCUGUUAAUUUGUCAUUUUCUUUGAAAGAAGAGCAAGAGACGACAAGUGCAAAAAAAGGCGCUAAAGUUAGCAGAGAAGUUAACGUGUGUUUGAGAGUGUGUCGCAGUAGUAGAUAUUACUGCUGUUUUCAUUGGAACUACUACAACAACAACAUAAAAACAUCAUCAUAAUCACAACAAUGGUGGAAAAAUUGGAUGCAAAUUCUGAACAACAAUUUGAUUUGAAUUUAAUUGAGGCCGUUAAAGUAAAUCCCGUCAUUUAUGAUCGUUCCCAUUAUAAUUACAAACAUUUUGUGCGUAAAGCUCAAGUUUGGAAGCAAAUUUCUGAACAACUCGGUAUGCCUGAACAAAAAUGCACCAAACGCUGGAAAAGUUUGCGUGAUAAAUUUGCCCGAGAAAUGAAAUUAAGCACAGAAUCACGUUGGCGUUAUUUUAAACAAAUGAGUUUUCUCGUUGAGUCUAUAAGACAAUAUCGUGAAUCGUUACUGGGUAAAUGUGGACCUUUACCCGCAACUCAAACGACCACUAACACCCAAGUUACACAAGUGGAUGCUAAUCAGCAACAACAACAGCAGCAACAAACCCAACAGCAUGCUGUUGUCGAUAUAUUUCCUUUUAAUGGAGCAGCGGCAACAUCAACACAAACUAUACAUCAUCCACAUGUUGAUAUUAUAGUUACAGGCGAUACCCAAUUAACAACUACAACAGUGGCAGCAUCAAAGGAUACAAAAACCUUUUACUAUGAACCACCUUUGAAACGUGAACGUAUUGAUGAUGAUCAACAACAACAACAGCAACAGCAGCAACAACAACAACAGCAGCAGCAACAAUUGCAACAACAGCAUAACGAUAAUAUGUUGAAUACCAUAAAAAUAUUUCAAAAUUCUAUAUCACAAAGUGUCAAUCCAGAGGAUCAGUCAUUUGGUGUCGUAGUCACCGAUAUGCUGAAUACACUAGGCGUACGACAAAAGGCCGAAGCUAAAGUUCAUAUAAUUAAAUAUUUAACUGACAUGCAGUUGCUGGCUCAACAUAAUAAAUAUUAAAAUUAAAACGUUACUAAUAAAUAAAUAAAUUAAGGAAAUAAUAUGUAUCUAUAAUAAAAUAAUUUUGCAGUUUGCAAAUAAUAGUUUUAAGCUAUUUAGCAAACCUUAUAUACAUACAUUAUUUAAUAUGACUUUACGAGGAAAUUUAAUAUGUUUUUGGCAAAAUAUUAAUAAGAUUUGUUUUUUACCUAUACAGGGUGCAAUUUUGUUUUACAUAAAAUGAGAGAAACAAAUAAAUAUAAUACAUAAAUUAAUAAAUAA